AUGGCUGAGCAGAGGGGUGGUACUAAUGAAAAUCAGGCGAAGGAGGUUGAAAUUGGUGUGGGUGCAGCUGCGACUGCUGAGGUGGUAACAGUGGGCCCCUCGACGGGAGUAGGUGGUAGUGGCGUGGUGUACGGUGGUGGAGGUGGUGGUGCUGGCAUUGGCGCUAGUGGUGGAAUUGGUGUGGGUAUUUUGGGUGCGGGAGCGGGUGCCUUUAUUGUUAGGGCGGGUGUCGAUUGUGGCUGUUGGACAGAGAAGAUUAGGCACUUUUACUUUUACAAUACUAGUGGCAGUAAAGGCCAAAAAGCUAGACUUAUUAUUUUCUGCUUCAACAUUAUCUCUGUGCAAUGCUUAGAAAAGAUCAGCAAGUACAACUUCAACGACAGUGACCCUCCAUCCCAAUCUGAGCCACCAGGAUUCGAUAAUAAGUUUAGGAGAAUUUCUCUGAGCAUUUUGUUUGGAGUCAUUGCAGGAUUGAUUUUUGCGCCUCUCACUGCUUUUCUAAUAAGGUACCUUAUCAGAUACAUUAACAGGAGCCCAAUCCUUAAAGGCCCCGUUGUGUUUUCUCCCAAAACUUUUCCCAAGACUCUAUAG